AUGCUGCCCACGAAGGCCUGGGGCUCGGGGCUCCAGACCCGGGCGCUGCCAGCCGGCCACGCGGCACUCCACGUGGGGAGGCGGCCACACGCUCCGCUGCAGCCCGGCCCGGGGGCUCGGAGCCACCACGGGGAGAACCGGCGAGUAGCGGCCCAGCCGGAACCCAACGCGGGCACCUGGCCAGUGGGGAGGAUUCCAGAAGCUUCUGUGAGCCCGGGGCCUCCCGGUGAGUUCCGGGUUCUUUCUCUUCACUCUCCUCCCUGGACUCUGGAAGGUUCUGUGAGCGCUCCUCCCGUUUUCUUCAGAGGCGGCUCCACGGCCUUCAGGAGGUUCUGUCGCGGAACCCAGCCCCAAGUUCAGGACGGAAAGCCGAGGUGUGCGCAGUGGGCGGGGAGCCGCUCCACAUUCCAGAGCCGGCUAGGCGUCCACGCGCGCCCCAGGAGCGAGCGCCUUGCUCGGCGCAGCAGUGCGGCGGGAGCGCGGGCUGCGCCGGGAGCCUCGCGCGGGCUGCGCCGGGAGCCUCGCGCGUGCGCCGUGCCGUCGGCGGGCGGCCGGACAAGGUCGCACCCAGCUGGCGGCCCCCUCAGCACCUCUGCGCCUCGGCCGGGCUCGCUGGACAGGGACGCUAUCCCCCAGCCCCUCAUUCUGCCCCUUCCUCACCAGCAUCGCACCUGGGACUGGUGUCCCGGAGAGACCGGGCCUCAGGGGGGCCGGGCGGAGGGGGACGGGGGGGCGUCCGACCUGGGGGCCGAUGGACGAGGCAGCAAGGGCCGGCGGGCCGCGGGGAGGACGCCUGGCUGGAGUCAGUGUGAGAGCUUCGGGGCUCACAGUGCAGUCCACAGCGCGGAGGCGUUCUCCCAGCCAGAGGCGAAGGUGGGCGGCACGCGACCGGAAGGAAGCCACGUGACUCGAAGGAAGCCACGCGCCCGGAAGCGGAAGUGCGGGGUGGGGCCGCGUUCGGCGCCCUGGAGGAGCCUCGGAAGGGUCCCGCGGCCCCCAGGUGUGAUUGAGGACCCGCGCUCCUUGCUUCCCAAGGAGCCUGGCACAGCCUCUGCCUCUCUCGGGGCCCGGGCCCCCCUCAGCGUGGGCCGCCUUUGA